AUGUCCCAGUACCUGUUUCUCCCAGUGGUGAUCAUGGUGGUCAGUCCCAUCCCAGGAGCCUUCCAGGACUCAGUGGUCAGUCCUACCCAAGGAGAAUUUGAAGACCUAGACUGCGGCCGCCCUGAGCCCUCUUCCCGCAUCGUGGGGGGCUCCGACGCGCAUCCUGGCACUUGGCCAUGGCAGGUGAGCCUGCAUCAAGGUGGGGGCCACAUCUGCGGGGGCUCCCUCAUCGCCCCUUCCUGGGUCCUCUCUGCUGCUCACUGUUUCGUGACGAAUGGGACCUUGGAGCCCGCGGAGGAAUUGACAGUCCUGCUGGGCGUGCACUCCCAGGACGGGCCCCUGGAAGGAGCACACGUGCGCUCAGUGGCCACCAUCCUGGUACCGGACAACUACAGCAGAGUGGAACUGGGCGCCGACUUGGCUCUGCUGCGCCUGGCCUCGCCAGCCAAGCUGGGCCCCUCCGUGCGGCCCGUCUGCCUGCCUCGUGCCUCGCACCUCUUCACUCACGGAACUGCCUGCUGGGCCACUGGUUGGGGAGACGUCCAGGAGGCUGACCCUCUGCCUCUCCCCUGGGUUCUACAGGAAGUGGAGCUAAGGUUGCUGGGAGAGGCUGCCUGUCAAUGUCUCUACAGCCGGCCUGGCCCUUUCAACCUGACUUUCCAGCUGUUGCCAGGGAUGUUGUGUGCUGGCUUUCCAGAGGGACGGAGGGACACCUGCCAGGGUGACUCUGGGGGACCUCUGGUCUGUGAGGAUGGCGGCCGAUGGUUCCUGGCGGGAAUCACCAGCUUUGGCUUUGGCUGUGGACGGAGGAACCGCCCUGGGGUCUUCACUGCAGUGGCUCCCUAUGAGUCGUGGAUUCGGGAACACGUGAUGGGUUCGGAACCCGGGCCUGCCUUUCCCAGCCAGCUCCAGAAGCCCCAGUCAGGACCCUGGGAGCCGAGAGAAGAAAACUGCACCUUUGCCCCACCAGCGUGCGGGAAGGCUCCGAGGCGCGGGGCCUGGCCCUGGGAGGCCCAGGUGAUGGUGCCAGGCUCCACACCCUGCUAUGGAGCUCUGGUGUCUGACAGCUGGGUCUUGGCACCCGCCAGCUGCUUUCUGGAUAUUCCAACCCGGAGACCCCGCUCCUCUGACAGCUCACCCCAGGAUUUCGAGACCUGGCGGGUGCUGCUGCCCUCCCGUCCGGAGGAGGAGAGGGUGGCGCGCCUCGUGGAGCACGAGAACGCUUCCAGGGACUUCGCUUCGGACCUGGCGCUGCUGCAGCUGAGGACGCGCGUGGACCUGACCGCGGCCCCGAGUGCCGUGUGCCUGCCCCACCGAGAUCACUACUUUCUGCCCGGGAGCAGCUGCCGCCUGGCUCGCUGGGGACGCGGGGAACUCGCACCUGGCUCCGGCGCGCAGCUGGAGGCGCAGCUGCUGAACAGCUGGUGGUGUCACUGCCUGUACGGCCGCCAGGGGGAGUCCGUGCCGCCGCCAGGAGACCCGCCGCACUUUCUGUGCCCCGCCUACCAGGAGGAGGAAGAGGCGGGCGUAUGCUGGAAAGAUUCCGGUUGGAGCCUUCUGUGUCGUGAGGAGGGGACAUGGUUCCUGGCUGGAUACAGAACCCUCUCAAAUGGUUGUCUCCGACCCCGAGCCUUUUCCCCCAUGCAGACUCAUGGAAUCUGGAUCCGUCACGUCACUCGGGGAGCUUACCUGGAGGACCAGCUAACCUGGGACUGGGGCCCUGAGGGGGAGGAGACUGAGAAACAGACUUGUCCCCCACACACUGAGCACGGUGCCUGUGGCCUAAGGCCAAAAUCCACUCCAGCUGGUGUAUUGUGGCCCUGGCUGACGGAGGUGCAUGUGACUGGUGACAGAGCCUGUGCUGGGGUUCUGGUGGCCCCAGGCUGGGUCCUAGUGGCCACUCACUGUAUUCUCAGGCUGGGCUCGACAACAGUGCCUUACAUUGAAGUAUAUCUGGGCCGGGCAGGGGUCAGCUCCUUCCCACAGGGCCACCAGGUAUCUCGGUCUGUUAUCAGCAUCCGUCUGCCCCGGCACUUGGGACUUAGACCUCCCCUGGCCCUACUGGAGCUGAACUCUCGGGUGGAACCCUCCCCAUCAUCUCUUCCUAUCUGUCUACAUUCAGGGGGUGUUCCCCCAGGGGCCAGCUGCUGGGUUCUGGGCUGGAAGGACCCACAGGACAGAGUUCCGGUAGCUGCUGCUGUCUCCAUCUUGACACCACGACUCUGUCACUGCCUUCAUCAGGGCAUUCUGACUCCUGGGACCUUCUGUGUCCUCUAUUCAGAGGAGCAGGAGGAUAGAUGUGAGGUGACCUCAGCGCCUCCCCUCCUGUGCCAGACUGAGGGAGGACCCUGGGUUCUCGUGGGCAUGGCUGUUCGAGGUAGCCGGGAGCUGUUUGCAGCCGUUGGCCCUGAAGCAACGUGGAUAUCGCAAACAGUGGGAGAAGCCCAUUUUCUUCAGCUCAGUGGCUCCUCCUACUGGCCUCCCGAAGGCAAUGACCUCUGUCCCCAAGACUUGGCGGGAUCUGCAAGCUCUCCCGAGGUUGCCGCUCUGCUUCUGCUCCUCCUACUGGCUCUACUGAUCCCUGAAUUCUCGGACACAGGGCUGGGCUGGAAUCCAGCUGCUGGCCGAGGCUUCCAGAAGACGAUCCUGGGAUUCCUCACUUCUGAGCCCACACCUAGACCCUGCCUUCAAAACCAGCCUUCCAGUCCUUCCCUUUCGACCCAGAGUCUCCUUCCGGGGCCCUUGUCCUGGGUCAUGGCCCUAAGGGUGGGCCUAGGACCCGGGCAGCUGGAAGCUGUGACCAUUCUGCUCCUUAUCGGAUUGUUUCAGUCGAGCAUCGGAGCUGACGGGACUGAAGCCUCCUGUGGUGCAGUCAUCCAGCCACGCAUCACUGGUGGUGGCAGUGCCAAGCCUGGUCAGUGGCCCUGGCAGGUCAGCAUCACCUACGCUGGUGUCCACGUUUGUGGCGGGUCUCUCGUGUCAAGUCAGUGGGUGGUGUCAGCUGCUCACUGCUUCCCCAGAGAACACAGCAGGGAAGAGUAUGAGAUAAAGCUGGGAGCUCACCAGCUGGACUCCUACAGCAAUGACACUGUGGUUCACACAGUGGCUCAGAUCAUCUCCCACUCAAGCUACCGAGAAGAGGGCUCCCAGGGUGACAUAGCACUCGUCCGCCUCAGCAGCCCAGUCACCUUCUCCCGCUACAUCAGACCCAUCUGCCUCCCGGCGGCCAAUGCCUCCUUUCCCAAUGGCCUUCACUGUACUGUCACAGGAUGGGGUCAUGUGGCUCCUUCAGUGAGCCUCCAGACUCCCAGGCCUCUGCAGCAGCUAGAGGUACCACUCAUCAGCCGUGAAACCUGUAGCUGCCUGUACAACAUUAACUCGGUGCCUGAGGAACCCCACACUAUCCAGCAGGACAUGCUGUGUGCUGGCUAUGUGAAGGGAGGCAAGGAUGCUUGCCAGGGUGACUCUGGGGGCCCGCUCUCUUGUCCCGUGGAGGGCCUGUGGUAUUUGGCAGGCAUUGUGAGUUGGGGUGAUGCCUGUGGUGCCCCCAACAGGCCUGGAGUUUACACUCUGACUUCUGCCUACGCUUCCUGGAUCCACCACCACGUGGCAGAGCUCCAGCCUCGAGUCACCCCCAAGACUCAGGAGUCCCAGCCGGACAGCCACCUCUGCAACCACCAUUCUGUCUUCAGCUCGGCCGCAGCCCAGGAACUGUUAAGGCCCAUACUCAUCCUGCCACUCUGUCUGAUCCUGGGCCUCUUCUGCCUUUGGCGUGAACAUUAAGCUAUUUAACCCUCAAAGUUGACCAUACUUCUGGACCACAGCACGCCCAAGGACAUGUGCCUGUUCGGGAGGGCAGCACGCCAACUUGAUCUUUGAGCCCACUCUUCUGCAUUUGCUCUUUGGGAUUAUAACCUAGGGCUGAGAAGUUUACAGCCUGUGGAGUGAGCGGGAACUCUCGCCUCCUUUCUCUGUUACCUGCAGCUUACUGGUUAGGCUCCCGUGGAGCUCCCAGAAGCCUCGGCUGGGAAACCAAGUCCUCCCUUCCACCUGUCUCUGGCGCACAGGGCAGCUGUCUAGCUCGCUGCUGCAGACAGCGGCCUCCAGCCCUUCCCAGCUGCCUCAUGAGCCCUCACUGUCCUCUUCCUGCCUCCUGGGCUUGGCCUCACUCUCCUGGACUCCGGAGGACUGAGCCCCCACCGGAGCUGGCUGGGGCUGGGAUCAGGGCGAGGAAUAAAAAGAGCAAGGAGUCAAGGUUUUAACCCAGCUGGCUGUGUGUGAGGUGAAUGAAGAAUAUCACCCUUUGGCUUCUCUGCGUACCUCCAAAGUCCAGUGCACCAGCAGAACUUACUUUAUUAAUAAAUGACAC